ACUUGAGACACAUUCAUGAUGGCCUGAGUUUAUGCCCUCUUUGCUGUCCUGUUGUUCCGUUUGUCAGCAUGUACCUCGUCCCGUCUUAUCAAUUUUCAAGCUGCGUCGUUCCCGAGUGUACUCGGCCGCUCGUAUUCCGAGCAUGCUGAUAUACUUUGUAUCCCUCCAUCAGUUUCUCAUCUUUAACGAGUCAAAAUUCAGAUCCUGGGAAUGUGGUUGAUUUUGCGACUUCAUGAGAGAUAUUCGAAAUGCGUGACUUCGAGACGUCGCCCUUACUUUCGCCUAGGCUUAGCUACGAUGCUCUACCGGAAGCAGGCGACCCUCAGAUACGGACAACAGCCCCUGAGCGCAAGAUCGACGACGAUGUGCUCCCAGAAACAUCCACUUCUGGUCGAAACAUCGGCUGGGCCAGCGCAUAUGUGCUUGUGAUCUCAAGAGUUAUUGGGAGCGGCAUAUUUGCCAUGCCAGGUACAAUUGUGCAGAAUGUUGGAAGUCCUGGCCUUGCUUUGGUCCUCUGGCUUGUGGGCGCCUUCGUGGCAUGGGCUGGUCUGGUCAUUGACAUGGAAUAUGGGUGCAUGUUGCCUCGCUCAGGUGGAGUCAAGGUGUAUCUGGAAUAUACGUACCGCAAACCGCGCUUUCUUACGUCUACCUUGGUCGCGGUCCAAGCGGUGCUGCUUGGUUUCACCGCAAGCAACUGCAUUGUCUUUGCCAAAUACACCCUGUUCGCCAGCGGGAACGCUCCGGGCGACCUGAACACCAAACUACUCGCAGUCGGACUUCUGACAUGCAUCACCAUUGUCCACAGCUGCUUUUACAGGACGGGCAUCUGGAUUCAGAAUGUCCUUGGAUGGGUUAAGGUUGGAUUGAUCAUCUUCAUGAUCUUGACAGGCUUCAUCGUUGUCAUCUUUCGACCCCAAACGUCAGCUACGUCUCCAACGGUAUCUGCCACUGCUGGGUUGGACGAUCUUUGGUCUGGGUCGGUGUGGGAUUGGAAUACUCUAUCCACUGCCUUCUUCAAGAUCUUCUACUCCUACGCUGGACUGAGCAAUGUCAACAAUGUCCUCAAUGAAGUCAAGAAUCCGGUCAGGACUCUCAAGACAGUCGGUCCUGUCGCAUUAAUGACAGCGUGCGUCAUGUAUAUCUUGGUCAACAUUGCCUAUCUCGCUGUGGUGCCUCUGGACGAAAUCAAGCGCAGCAGAGAACUCAUCGCCGCAUUGUUUUUUGAGCGAGUAUUCGGAGCCGGUUUUGGCAACAAAUUCCUUCCACUUGGUAUUGCUCUGAGCGCUGCUGGGAACGUCAUGGUGGUAACUUUCAGCUUGGUAUGUGCAACGUCCAUCUCGAUCUUCUUGCUGAUAUAUACUAGGCGCGAGUCAACCAAGAAAUUGCUCGACAAGGAUUCCUUCCAUAUGCGGGAAUUCUUGCUUCCUCCAAACCAUUUGGGUCCCCAAUGGGCGGGCUUAUCGUUCACUACGUGCCUUCCGUCCUGGUGAUCGUCCUGCCACCAUCUGCCACGGUCUACUCUUUCAUCGCAGAUGUCGAAGGCUAUGCCGGUCAAUAUUUUGCUCUUGCCGUGGGGGUAGGUAUCAUACUCUUGCGCCAUCAAAAGCCGGACUUGCACCGCCCAUUCAAAGCAUGGCUACCAGCUGUCUGGCUACGGAUUCUGCUAUGUCUCUUCUUGAUCGCAGCGCCUUUGUUUCCACCGAAGAAAGGGACAUCUGACGUCAAUUUCUUCUACGCGACGUAUGCACUUGUCGGUCUUGCCGUUAUCCUCUUCGGAGUAACUUAUUGGUUCAUCUGGACGGUUGCACUGCCUCGGUACAGGGGUUACAGACUGGAGGAAGAAGGAGAUAUUCUCGGCGAGGGUACAACGAUCACCAAACUGAUACGCAAGGAAUUAUAAUCAACCGGAUUGUGGAUUGAUAAGCAACAUAUAUAUGCUCCAAAUCAACACGUGUCUCCUGAUAUGUCUCGGUUAAGUCAACACGAAGCAUAGGCCGAAGGGCACGUCAUUCU